AUGGCGGGCGUGCUGCUGCUGCUGCUGCUGCUCCACCUCAUACCGGGGUUGGCAACGGCGAUCGGGUCCAUCUGUGGCGGCGGCCGCAACUACAAAGCCGACAGCACCUACCAGUCCAACCUCGCCGUGCUGGCCGCCACCCUGCCCAGCAACGCCUCCUCCUCCCCACAGCUCUUCAUCACCGCCAACGCCACCGCCUCCUCUUCCCCGCAGCUCUUCGCCAGCGCCAGCGCCAGCAUGUACAUGCUGGCGCUCUGCCGCCGCGACACCACCAACCUCACCGCAUGCACAGAGUGCCUCAACUCCGCGUUAAAUUACGCGCUGAAAAUGUGCCCGAACAGCAGGACCGCAACAGUCUACUUCGACUACGACGAGGUAAACGCGCUUCGACCAGGCUGCCUCCUUGGAUUCUCCGACGACGGCAGCUUCCUCAGCCCGGCGUCCGGCACUACCGGGAACGGUACCUUAUUCCAGUAUUUUAGCACGGCGAACAUCCGCGGCAACGACGGUGUCGUCGCUGAUGCCGUCAGGGAGCUCCUGAGGCAGACGGCACAGGACGCGGCCACCACGGCGAGGAGGUUCGCCACAGCGUUCAUGGACUCCAUUGGCCGCGGCACCACGACAACGCUCUACUCCCUGGCGCAGUGCACGCCGGACCUGUCCACUGGCUACUGCCUGGCGUGCCUCGAGCAGCUCCUGGGCACCGUCACCACCACCAACUCCUUGCGCCUAGGAGGACGGAUCUUCCUGCUCCGCUGCAACGUCAGGUUCGAGGCGUUCAUGUUCUUCGACGACAAAAACAUACGGCGGAUUCCAUCUCCAUCAUUCCUCGCUCAGGCACCGGCGGCGCCUAUGGCUACAGCAGGCAAGACUCCAGUAGCGCUAGCUGCUCUCUGCUUCAUCCUUUACCAUGGUUGGCAUCUUAGAACAAAGGGCACAAAAGAUAAAGGGACGACGUUGCAAGGAAAGACUACUCACGAGUUUCAAGAAAGAGAUGAACUAGUUUGGGAAAUGGAAACAGAGUUGGCUGAGUUUGCAGUAUUUGACUUUCAUCAGAUAUUAGAGGCUACAGUUAACUUUUCCGAGGAAAACAAGCUUGGCCAAGGUGGAUUUGGCCCUGUUUAUAAGGGCCAUUUACCUGACGGAAAUGAGAUAGCAGUGAAGAGACUUGAUUCACAUUCACAACAAGGUUUCAUUGAGUUCAAAAAUGAAGUUGAGCUCAUAGCGAAACUUCAACACAGAAAUUUGGUUAGGCUCAUGGGAUGUUGCUCUCAAGGAGAGGAGAAAAUACUGGUCUACGAAUACUUGUCAAAUAAAAGCUUGGACUUCUUCAUCUUUGAUGAAAAUAGAAAAGCACUACUGGACUGGGACAUACGUCUUGCAAUAAUUGUGGGGAUAGCAGAAGGACUUCUUUACCUUCAUAAGCACUCUAGGUUGCAUGUUAUACAUCGAGAUCUUAAACCAAGCAACAUUCUCUUGGAUAGCGAAAUGAAUGCAAAAAUUUCAGAUUUUGGACUAGCAAAAAUAUUCAGUUCAAAUAACACCGAAGCAAAUGCUACAAGGAAAGUAGUUGGUACACUUGGCUACAUGGCACCCGAGUAUGCUUUCCACGGUCUCUUCUCUAUCAAAUCAGAUGUCUUCAGCUUCGGUGUUUUGACUCUUGAGAUCCUUAGCGGGAAAAGGAAUUCUCAUGAAUGUGGAAAUUUCAUCAACAUCCUUGGACAUGCUUGGCAAUUAUUUGAAGAGGAAAGCUGGGUCGAUCUCAUUGAUACGGCAUUGCUUCCCAACGGUCAUUCGGAAGAAAUGAUGAGGUGCAUUAACAUUGCAUUGUUAUGUGUACAAGAGAGUGCAAUUGAUCGACCAACCAUGUUGGAUGUUGUCGCAAUGCUAAGCAGCAAGACCAUGAUCGUAGAUAAGCCUAAGCACCCGGCAUAUUUCACGGGGGACAAAGAAGCACCCACUACAAAUCAGUCGUGUAGUGUUAAUGAUAUAACUAUAUCUACACUAACCCCUAGAUAG